AAAAUUAGAUCGUCUUCAACAAAACAACCAGGGCUUCAAAGAACAGCUCCACACAGCUGUGGUGACAAAGCUCUUCCACCGGACCACCUCUCACCUGCGAGUUUCCGACAGCAGCCGCCCAAUAUCCUUUACUGCCGCCGCCCUUCUCCGCCACUUUAAGGGCGGACUGAUCCUUUGUUCAAAUGGAAGCCGCUACUAACGUUUUGCAAUUCUCGUCUGCGAUUCUAUCAAUCCAAACAAAAAAAUUAUCUCCGUUCCCCUCUUCUUCUGCUUCGAUUCAAUUGCAAAACUGCCGCCGCCUCCAUAUAAUAAAAUCCCCAAAGCCAUUACAAUGUAUAAAUAGCAAACAUACUUCACCCAACACUAUAGUUCUUGAAAAUCAACAAUACAACAACGGCCCAGUUAUUAUAAGAAAAAAACUGGCUGUUUUUGUGUCCGGUGGCGGCUCUAAUUUUAAGUCUAUUCAUCAAGGUUGUCUUCAAGGUUUAGUCUUUGGUGACGCUGUUGUUGUUGUCACUGAUAAGCAAGGUUGUGGAGGUGCAGAGUAUGCGAGAGAUAAUGAAAUUCCUGUUAUUUUGUUUCCUAAACCUAAAGAUGAACCUCAUGGAUUAUCCCCAAGUGACCUUGUUACUGCUCUUAGAGAGUUGGAAGUUGACUUUAUUCUCCUAGCUGGAUAUCUCAAGCUUAUUCCAGUUGACUUGAUUCGAGCUUUUCCAAGAUGCAUAUUCAAUAUCCAUCCAUCGCUGCUUCCGGCCUUUGGAGGCAAAGGCUACUAUGGCAUGAAGGUGCAUAAAGCUGUCAUUGCUUCUGGCGCUAGAUACUCGGGGCCAACUAUCCAUUUUGUUGACGAGCAUUAUGACACCGGACGCAUCCUUGCUCAAAGAGUUGUUCCCGUGCUUGCAAACGACACUGCUGAAGAAUUAGCUGCAAGGGUUCUAAAGGAGGAGCAUCGAUUAUAUGUUGAGGUGACUAUGGCAUUAUGCGAAGAGCGUAUAGUUUGGAGGGAAGAUGGUGUCCCUCUCAUUCAAAAUAGGGAAAACCCCGAAGAAUACAGCUAGCUCAUCCUAUUUUGUUUUGCCUAUGGUGAGUUUAAUUAUGUUGCCCUAUACCAUUUAGUUAAGCAAUGGUAGAAAUCGUCUGGAGGAGCAUGGUUUUCUGCCAGGUUGUUGGUUGUACCCUGUAGAAGUAACAACAUAGGAAUAGGCCCUUAGGGCAGCAGAGUUGUGAUAAAUUUUGGUAGGAUGAUUACACAACACACUCUUCAAAUGAGUUAUUGAUAUAAUAUGCAGAAGAGUUGAUUAUAGAUAGCUUACUCUUCAGAUGAGUUAUUGAUAUAAUACGCAGAAGAGUUGAUUA